GCAGGUCACCGAGGGUACAUAAGGAGGGCUGGAAGCGCGGGCGUGGCAGUCGCGUUGUGUUCGUGACGCGGCGUAGUCGACAUGAGAUUAUCUCUCCUGAUACUGCUAGCGGUGGCGGCAGUGGUCGUAGUGUCCGGCCAAGACCUAACCAGGAGACAGAAGGCCCGAGCCAGGUUCCGCGCCCUGGCUGACGCUGCUCGCAAUGGUGACCAGUCAGCCCAGCAAAUUCUACAGUCACGACGUCGUUCCCGACCUCGCCAGCAUGACGAGAGUAGGACAUCACAAUUCAAUGAUGCCGAACCUGACCCAGUUACAGAACCCCCUACCACUCUAGCUCCCGCACGCGUCAGGAUACCAUUGCGUCGCACAAGUGUUCGUAUACCUCGACCUGUCUCCGUCGGGAGUAGGACAUCACAAUUCAAUGAUGCCGAACCUGACCCAGUUACAGAACCCCCUACCACUCUAGCUCCCGCACGCGUCAGGAUACCAUUGCGUCGCACACGUGUUCGUAUACCUCGACCUGUCUCCGUCGGGAGUAGGUCAUCACAAUUCAAUGAUGCCGAACCUGACCCAGUUACAGAACCCCCUACCACUCUAGCUCCCGCACGCGUCAGGAUACCAUCGCGUCGCACAAGGGUUCGUAUACCGCAACCUGUCUCCGUGGAACCCACCACUUUCCAUCCUCCAGCUGUGUUCCCACCAACACCUGCCCCAGCUCCAGUGACUCUUGUACCUGAGGUCAUCCAGGUCACCGACCCAGUCACUGAGGAGCCUGUGUUCCCAACAGAACCCCCGACAGCGGCGCCCGUGUUCCAGAUCCAAAACACACCAGCGUCAGUCAGGACUCGACAAAGGAUACAGCCUCUGCGACCCAUACCAGCUCCCCAACAACAGCGCGUGCGAUCCAGACCAGCCUUUGAGCAACCUCAGGUAUUAAACUUCGAUGUACAGCCCGAGAAAAAUGAGCCCGUGUUCCAAAACACGCCAGCGCCAGUCAGGACUCGACAAAGGACGCCUCUGCGACCCAUACCAGCUCCCCAACAACAGCGCGUGCGAUCCAGACCAGCCUUUGAGCAACCUCAGGCAUUGAACUUCGAUGUACAGCCCGAGAAAGAGGAGCCAGUGUUCCAAAACACGCCAGCGUCAGUCAGGACUCGACAAAGGACGCCUCUGCGACCCAUACCAGCUCCCCAACAACAGCUCGUGCGAUCCAGACCAGCCUUUGAGCAACCUCAGGCAUUGAACUUCGAUGUACAGCCCGAGAAAAAUGAGCCGGUGUUCCAAAACACGCCAGCGCCAGUCAGGACUCGACAAAGGACGCCUCUGCGACCCAUACCAGCUCCCCAACAACAGCUCGUGCGAUCCAGACCAGCCUUUGAGCAACCUCAGGCAUUGAACUUCGAUGUACAGCCCGAGAAAAAUGAGCCGGUGUUCCAAAACACGCCAGCGCCAGUCAGGACUCGACAAAGGACGCCUCUGCGACCCAUACCAGCUCCCCAACAACAGCUCGUGCGAUCCAGACCAGCCUUUGAGCAACCUCAGGUAUUGAACUUCGAUGUACAGCCCGAGAUAGAGAAGCCUGUGUUCCAAAACACGCCAGUGCCAGCCAGGUCUCGGCAGUUACUACGAAGUCAGCGACCCCAACCUACCUUUGAACGGUCUCAGGCAUCAAACUUCGAUUUAGAGCCCCAUCGAGCCCUCAACACCGGCUUGGAAGUGGAUAAUCGCUCUGAGCACAUCAUCCCGCGACGUGGAACUACUGAGGCUCCUGUUGAAACCAUCCGCCGUUUUGCGUACUUUGACGAAGGGGGUAACUACAUAUUUGGUUAUGAGGCAGCUGAUGGUUCCUUCAAGGAAGAAAAGCGAGGAUUGGAUUGUAUUGUUACUGGUAAGUAUGGGUACGUCGACCCCGAGGGCACCCGUCGAGAGUUCUCCUACACAUCCGGCAACAGGUGUGAUCCCAAUGCAGUGGUUGACCCGGACCUCCAAGAAGUACCCGAUCUACCACCAAACGACCAGUUCCUUCACCAGACAGUAGAGCAACGUCUAAGUGAAGCAGAACUAAACGAACUACAAUUCAAUCGUCAUCGUCGUCCCUUGAAGCAGCCACAGCCACAGGAACAGUCACUGGUACAACGGCCACAUCGUCAGCGGGGACAACAACAAGUACAGCAAACAAUAAAAAGUCACAACCUUCGUCGGCAACCGGCCAGUAAUAUCCUGCGUACCGCCACGCAAACUGUUCAACGACAAGAACCACAGCAAAAUCAGGGCUUUGAACCUGUUGCAGCCACACCAGCACCUCAUUCUCGCUUCACUACUCCAGCUUCUUUCAACCAGUUCAAACGUCCUUCAUUCUCAAGACCACAGACAGUUAGGGUCCAAGAGGAACCGUCUGUACAGCAAGUGUCAAGACCAGCACCAACACCAACACCACAACCAAAACCAGUUGUAGAAACAAAACCACCGCCAAAGGUAGUGAAGACACCCGCACCUCAUCUAUUUGCCGAGAGACCAAAGCCUAAACCCGUUUCUUUUGAUUUUGACAGAGAGUUCAGAAACCUCUUUACUCACUUCGGCGCUUCACAACAGAACACGAACAGACCAUUCUUCACGGCACCAACUACAACCCCAACACGACCCCCAACACGACCCCCAACACGACCCCCUCCCCCUCCUCCUCCCCCCAGUUCAACGUCUGCACCUACUACUAGAUCUAGUCCUCCUCCCACCUCUAGACCCACUCAACCUCCGUCCUUCCCACCAGUCACAGCUGCUCCAGUUACCUCUCGGCCACCACCUCUUGAUGAUGGGUCCAGCACACUGGGAGAAGGUGGAGGUGCUCACCAACUAGUGUUCGACCGUGCGACUGGUACUUUCAAAACUGUUUUUGUUAAAUCACCGCCGCGUCCUAGUGUAUCCACUCCAGUCCACAAUCCAUUCCUCCCAGCAACAUCAGCUCCCUCAGCAGGUGUCCCCCUCCCACCACCCAACAGACCAGUAGGGUUCAAUCCUCUUCCUCCUGUUCCUACCGGAGGUCUCGUCAUUAACCAGCCCGGCCGCUCACCUGCCACAGACGAGUUUGAUAAGUUCUUUUCCCAGUUCAACCUCAGAUUCUAAUAGGCAGUUGUUAAUACCGGAUUGAAGUUAGAAGAGAGUACCGGAGAUGUGUCUCCUUAAAAUUAUACAAAUAUUAAUUAUAAGGCUUAGUUUACCUUCGACAUGCUGUUCAAACAAUUUGCCAGAUGCUUACUCAUAAAUAAUAAGAUUUAUAAAUAAUUGCUCUCUGUCUCUUUCUGUUAAUCAUCAAUCUAGGACUUCUUUUCUGUUAAUUUAUGAAAUACUGUAACAUUUCACUUCUUCAUUUUACAACUGCUAAGAAAAACUGGUUGUAAUCAAAGACCGUGAUCCAAAUAACUUUUACUUUUGUCUAAGCACCAUGGGGGCCACGGGUGGUCUGGGUGGUGGUGAGGCUUCGCCUGUAGUUUUGCUGUUUACAGUAGCCUCACGCCUCACUGGCCUAGUUACGUGGUGACCGUUAGACUUUGCACACCUGGGCUAAGCUGAGACUCUCAGCCAUGCUGCACAAGUCGCUUGAGAUGUGUUUUGUCCCGCCUUAUCAUUUGAAGAAUAUGAAAUGUAAAUUCUAGUACGUAGAUGGAGAAAGAACAUUUUUCUUGCCGGCUACAGCCAAGGUUAAAGACAUUAGUACCAGUCGAGAGCUUCUCCCUCUAGCAAGGACCAGAAUCAUACACUUAUAUUCAGUGUUAUCUUUUUUAUUAUUAUUAUAUUAUUAUUAUUAUUCUGUUUUAACAUAUAAAACGAUUGCCUCUGCUUUAUCUGUCCAGUAUCGUGCAAUGUUGAAUGCUUGCAUAUCGCUAGCUGUAGAAUACACUGUUGCUGUAAAUACUUUGCUUAUUCACAAGACACUAGCCUUUAUACUACCUCAUCACAAAGGCAACAUCGCCUCUUCACAAUGUUCCGCCCUUGCCUGUACGUCCCUUGAUCCACAUAUUCUCGGCCCAGUAGUCACACUUGGUGCAUCUGGCGAUCUGCUCACAUCCUCAUGCUCGUGUACUCUCGGACAGUAGGAGAAAAUCUUAUCUACAGAGAUAAAAGUGCAGCUAGAUCAUUCUAAGAUUCUAUUGAGUAAAAAUCAAGAAAAAAUAAAAAGUGGUCGAUCUAAGGAACGACAGGAUCCCCAACCUUGGUGGGUCUCACAGGGCAUUACACCCAUGCCAGAGGCGCUGCUGGUACGAGGCUAUAAUGUGAGUUAGUAAGCCUCUCUCUGCCUCCUUUUGUUAUGGCUUCAAUUGUGUUUUACCAAACCAAAGAUCCUGGACAAGAAAAGACAAAGAUAUCGAUAGAAACUUGUGAAAACAGUAAACAUCAAACUGUUCACAAGGAAGAAAGUGCUACAUCAAUUCCUAAAAUAAAAGUGUGUUACUAAGUGCCCACAUCUCUUAGUUUAACUGGCAGGAGUUAAACGUUACUUUGCUCUGUCCUGAAUAUAAACACAGUAACACGAAACUAUGUGAACAGAUAAAUAAAACAUAAAUCAGUGUCAAUUACUACUCCGUUUAGGUUACGGACACACGUUUUAUUAAUAGAAAGUGACUAUCCUCGUAUACCCUUGUACAGUAUAAAGCGGACGAGUCGGUGAAGGUAUCAGAGCACACAGUCAUCCAUGUUUUUCCUAAUCUCCCCGAGUAAAGUAUGGUCGGUGAAGGAAACGCUAUUCCCUCCCAUCGGGCCUCUACCAGCUAUGAUGUACAUACAUACAUACAUACAUAUACUAUACUGUAUUAUAUACACAUGCCAGAUUCACUCAACAGUGGUAAUGUGUUGAUAGAAUCUUCUAUGUCUCACUGUAAAAAAUGAAGAGAGCACAAUUUCAUUUUUCCCGUGUCAGCUUCUGGUCUAAUAUACUUUUGCAAAACAACGAACAAAUAUGAACGAAUAUGACAUGUACGUGUAAAUAAAUGUAUCAUAAGUUUCAUAUUAUAUUACAUAUCUGAAAUAAAAUAUAAAUAUUCUUCUC